AUGAAGAUUGUUACAGAGAUAUCAGCAUGUUUCAUUGGAAAUGGUGCUCCAACACAACAAUUUAGCUGUCUUGAGGUCAGUGCAUUGUGCACUAAAAAUAAUUGCAAUGUAAAGAAAAAUGAAUUUCAAGAGUUCUACUGCAGUUCUUGCAAACAGAGCUUCUCAUCAAAAUACACUCUUAUAAUUCAUGUGUUCAUUCACAUUGAAGGUGUAGAUGCACCUGAACACAUAUGUAAAUAUUGUGGUGACGUGUUUCUCACCAGUGGUAGCUUGAGGAAGCACUCUGAGGUGGAAUUACGGAAUAGACAAGAGGAAUAUGAACAUAGCAGAGUCUCUAACAGUGGUCCCUGUUUCUGCAAAGAAAUGUGUACUGAUGAGUGCCCACACAAAUUACAUUUUUCUAACAACUCCUUGAGUACAGGUAUUAAUAUAAAUCCACCAAAGUCUGAUGUUUGUGGCAUAUCCCGUACUCACUCAGGUCAAAUAAAAAAAAAUUAUGUAAUACCUUUGAGCAAGAAACCACAUAUAUGUGACAUUUGUGGGAAAUGUUUUACAACAGCUGGUAAUGCCAAGAGGCAUGCAUUAAUACAUACUGGUGUUUGUGGCACAUCCCACGCACGUUCAAGGCCACCUAACAAACUGUUCUUAAUACAUUCAAGGAAGAAACAACACAUAUGUGAUGUUUGUGGGAAAUGUUUUACAACAGGUGGUAAUCUUAAGAGGCACACUAUAGUGCAUACUGGCAAGAGGCCACAUAAAUGUGACAUUUGUGGUAUAUCAUUUACAGACUCUUGUGGUCUCAAAAGACUAUCAUUAAUACAUAUUGACGAAAGGCCACACAAAUGUAAUGACUGUGGAAAAAACUUUAGGUUCUUUGGAGACCUUAAGCAGCACUUCUUAGUACAUAGUGGCGAGCGGCCACAUAAAUGUUCUAUUUGUGGGAAAUUAUUUCAAACUUCUGGUAAUCGCAAUAAGCACAUCUUGAUACACACUGGGGAGCGGCCACACAAAUGCAAUAUUUGUGGGAAAUCCUUUAGGUUGGGUGGUGGUCUUAAGACGCACUUCUUAACACAUUCUGACGAGAGGGCAUACAAAUGUGAUGUUUGUGGGAAAUCCUUUAGAACGUCUGGUACUCUUAUGAAGCAUUCUCUUAUCCAUACUGGUGAAAGGCCUUACAAAUGUGAUGUUUGUGGGAAAUCCUUUAGGUUAAGUGGUGAUCUGAAACAAUCCUUCAGAUUGUCUAGAAAUCUCAGGGGCCAUUUAGUAACACAUGCCGUCAAUAGAGAGAGAACACAUAAAUGUGAUAUUUGUGGGAAAUUCUCUUUAACGGCUCGCAAUCUCAAGGUGCACUCAUUAAUACAUGGAGACAGAAAGAGACCACACACUUGUAAUAUUUGUGGGAAAUCCUUUACUGUUUCCAGUCAUUUGAAGAGCCACUCGUUAAUACAUAGUGGCGAGAGGCCAUAUGAAUGUAAUAUCUGUGGAAAAUCCUCUACAAGGCGUGGUGAUCUUAGGAAGCACACAUUAAUACACAGUGAUCAAAGGCAACUCUAA